CAAUAUUUCCGCCUCCAAGGAUUGGUCCAAGAUCAAGGUUUACUCAGACUUGUGUGUGCAGACGGCAAGGAGAGCCAUGGCUCAUCUUGUGCACACUUUCAAAACUGAACUGAAAACUCUCACAAAAGCAGAACUGACCAGGAUGAGGCAAUAUAAAGAAUCAGUCGCCUUUAACCCUUCCACUGCCGGCGAGGGCCUUGUGGUGACUGAAUCUGGGAAACGUCUGAAGUACUUCAGAGCAGCAAGCCCCUCGUCUGAUGAGUUUGGGAGGUUUGACUGUCCCAUGGUGUUUGGGACGAAGGGCUUCACCUCUGGCCGACACUACUGGGAAGUCCAAGUGGCCCUGAGAAACAACUGGGAUGUGGGUGUUGCCAAGGAAAGUGUAAACAGAUCAGGAAGGGUUUUUUUGAAAAGAGAAAAUGGAUUCUUUGCCAUAGGAAAAAGGUUUUUGGACUAUAAAGUUCACUCAGCACCCUCCACAGUUCUCUACCUUUUCCCUAGGCCAAGGUUAAUAGGAGUGUACCUGGACUAUGAAGAAGGCAGAGUCUCAUUUUUUGACGUGAACGAGAACUUGCAUAUUUACUCUUUCACAGGAGAGUCUUUCACAGAGAAACUAUUUCCAUACUUUUAUCUACACAGUAGGGCAAAGAAAUCUGAGCCUUUGCUUAUUAAGGAUUGUCUUUAUUUCUAAUUCACUUCCUUCAACAAUCAAAAUGAUAAAUGAAUAAUAAGAUCAAAGUUUAGAACUCAGAGUGCUGCGCAAUCUGAACAUCAAUAAAACGUAUUCGGAAAUGACCAAUUUAAGGUUAAUAAUUAACAUCGACUGUUGUUCCUGUUGCCUUCUUUUACAUUGUGAUAAACUAUGACACAGAUAAAAAUACCACAUACAAAUUGUUCAGAAUUCCAGACUAUGAACCAUGCAAAUGAUGUUUUAAAUAUGCGCUUGUAGAGUGCGUGCACAGUAUAUAACAAACUGAUCAGUAUUAUGUAGUGUUAGUUCCAUCCUCUGUCUGUUUCAGAGCUUUCAUUUAAGGAAACUUGAAAGACUUGAAUCAAUUUUUUGUUAUUAUGCAUCCUGUUUAUUUAGCUUUACUCGAGUGGGGUCAAAAUCUUUGACGUAGGAUCUCCGGAGUACAGCACCAUGUAUGGUAGUCACCACAGCUGCUUCUGUAAAAACAGGAACUUUAUGGUGCAUUAAGUUAACCUCGUAAACUCAUGGGAAUGGCUAGGAGGUUUGUUUAAUAGAGAAAGGUCUUGUCUUUUCUUUUUUUAGAUAUUUACUUUAAAUGUUCUUUUUCUGAAGUUUUUUUCAAUGUAUAGAUGUAAUAACAAAUUCUAACCAGUCUCAGUCUUUAACAUACCAAGCAACUUUGGCAUAAUCUUAUAUAAGUAAGGAGAAAACAGUGAUAAAUAGCUAUAACCCAUUUUAAAAUGAAGGCAAACAACUUAAAAUAUAAAGAUAUUAUUAUUUGCAGUACCUUACAAAUUAUUAAGUAACUCAGGCAGGAAAGAAACACGUUUAUUUAACUCUGAUAUGUUUAAUUAUUUGGGGCUUUUUUUGCCAGGGUUUGAGCUUUAUUAACAGGGCCCGAGUUUAUGGGUGUAUGCUGUCCAGAAGGGCCAGCCCCUUUCCUAGCAGUGGUGGGUGUGUCUAUCUCUAUGUCAGGAGAACCAAGUGAGCAGAGUGUAGCUCAUUGCUGUUAGUGCCUGAGGAUACACAAGCUGGCAGUUAGAAAAUAAUUACGUACUGCUUCAAACAAAUCAUCACCUGUGCAAAAAGCAAACUGAAACAGGCCGCAGGUUGCUUGUAUUUGCACAGGCAUAUUAAGACGCGAUGUCAGACCCUCCUAAUUGCUGCAUCUGUCUGGAUGAGUUCGCAAGCCCCGUGUCCAUCCCCUGUGGACACGUCUUCUGCUUGGGAUGCAUUGGAGAAUACUGGAAAAUCAACGAGGCCUGCCAGUGCCCCCUUUGCAAGACUUUGUUUCCUACCAGGCCACAGCUCAAGACAGACCAGACACUACAUACUGUGAAAGCACCUCGACCUUUAAAAGCUGGAGAGGUUCCCUGUGACUCCUGCUCAGCAAAACGUCCUGCAGUCAAAUCCUGCCUGAUGUGCAUGGCUUCCUACUGCACCACUCAUCUGGAAGCACAUUACCAGACUGAAGAGCUUAGGCGCCAUCUACUGGUCAGUGUGGUAAAAAACCUCGAGGAUUCUGUGUGCAAACUGCAUGGGAAGAAGUUGGAGAAGUUCUGCAGGAGUGACCGGGCGUGCAUUUGUGCUAUGUGUGCACAGACAGAGCAUUGGAGCCACAACAUCAUUUCUAUUAGCCGGGAGGCCUUUAAGAAGAAGGUUAUUGUAAAACGAAGGAGGAUGAAACUUCAGCAAGAGGUUCAAGAUAGAGUGAGUGAAGCUGAGAAAAUCAAACUCACUGUAGAUCUCAGUGGACAAAGUCCAAAAGAGGAAUGGCAAACAAAUAAAGAGCUCGAACAGCUGGAAGAUGAAAUCGUUGAGCUCCAGAGGAGAAAUGCUGAGCUAGAACAGCUCUUGAAGAUUGAAGAUGAUCUCUUAUUCUUACAGAGAUCUCUCCAUGGUGCUUUGUGAUUCAAGAAACAUGCUGAUCAUCAAAUCUUUAUUCAUGUGUUUGUUUGUUUUUUUAGCUAUAAAAUGAUUAUGUAAUCUCAGCUGGGUGGGUGUGUUAGCUUUCAAGGAAAAGUAUGCUCUGAUUCAUGAGAAAGAGAUGAGAAGUGUCACUCAAUUAUUUUUGCAUUUAAUGUAAGGAUACAACCAGCUGACUUUUAGCCUACAGUGAAACACAAACUUGAACUAUUUAUACUUUUGAACCUCAAUAAUACUUUUAAAAAGGAAAAGCUAGCUAAUUCCCAGGAUUUCCAAUGCCAAGCUAAGCUAAACUGUUGCUAAGCUAAACUAAGCUAAGCUGCCGGUGGCUGUGGUCAUACAUUUAAUGUAAAUGGUAUUGAUCUCAUGUAUCACUCUGCCAGAAAUCCAAUGUAUGCACUGAAUUUUAUAUUUUAUAUUUUUAUAUUUAAAAAAUGAAUCGUUUAUACGGGUUUAAAGAAACUGUGAAGUUUAGAAACCUCAGGGACGUUGAACUUGGUUGUAUGAAUGUAACUUAUUACUGGGUGGGUGAUGCAAUUAACUGCUAUUCAGUGCCAAAAAUGCUUUUGUCUUCCUUUUUGAUUAACCAAUAAAAUGUAUGUAAAAUAAAACUUAUGAUGAGCAAUAGGCAGUAUUUCGACCGAAGUCCUGUGCAAUAAAAAGGUCUU